GCCAAAUGAAAAAUAUUCUCCGAUAUGGGUAAUGUGAAAUUGAGUCGCAAUCAUUUUGGGUAGUAUGAAAAAUGCUCUUUCCAACAGAACCCUAGUAAAAAACGUGAAUGGACAAAAAAUAACUUUUAUUUCGACAUAAGUAUUGGCCUGUUUUUAAGGCAUCCUGGUAUGCCGUAAGAUUUCGACCUAGAAAUUGGUGUUCCCCCAAUCAUUGAAGCUUGAGCAGUGAAAAAUAUGAAAGCCUAAUCUGUUUUGCACCAUUAGUGAUUCUCCUAGGGUGUUGCCAUUUCUCCCUAGGUGUUGCGAGUUGCUUUUGCAAAACGUGUUCCUGAAACGGCUCAAUUUUUUGAGCCCUCAGCAUUACGCCUAUGGGAGCCUCUGACGUCACACGCUCAAUAUUUUGAGCGCUCAAUAAUUUGAGCUUUUCCCCCUUGUGCGUGGGACUGAUAUUUCUUUCUUCAUGGUAAUGACGCAUCUGUGACGUUCGCGAUUCAGUCUGAGUCAUAAGCGAACAUGUACUCCGCCCCAAGUGAGGUGGAGUCGGCGAUCCAGUCAGUGCUGAGCUCACUCAACCUACAUUCGCUGAGCACGGAUGAGCUCAAACAGCUUCUUAAUGAAGAUGACAAGCUAAAUGACAAGAUAAAUGAUGCUGGAGCUAUCCAGGCAUUGCGCAACAAGCGUGACUUUGCAGUGGCUGGCAACAAGUCGUUGGCUGAGUACAACCUGUCACGCCAGCCACGUAUCAUGGAGCUCAAGAGCCUUGUGCGUCAGCAGCUAGAGGAAGCCGAGAGCCAGGAGCAGCAGAUCCGAGAGAAACGAGACAAUCUCAAUGUGGUGGACCAGCCACUGGACACGACGCUGGCGCUGCUGCAGACGGCCGCCGCUCAGGCCGAGGAGGAGUCCGAGAACCUGGUGCAAUCGAUGCUCCGUGGCGAAAUGUCCAUCGAUAACUUUCUGGAGCUCUACCUGCCCAAGCGGCAGACGGCCAUCGCGCGUCGCGUCAAAGUGGACAAGCUGAAGGAGCUGCUGCCGUCUGCGGCGUCCUCUGGGGGCGGCGGCGGCGCCAGCGGGCGGUACCGACCGCCGCCGAGCUCGGUGCCCUACCCACCCAGCUCGGUGCCGACGCCAUACCCGGCCAGUCCGGCGGCGCCGUACGGCGGCGGCGUGCCCUACCCGGCCAGCAGCGCUCCCGGCCCAUACCCGGCCGGCCCGGCGUACAUGCCGGCCCCGCCGGCUAUGCCGUACCCGUACGUGCCCGGAGGCAUGCCUCUGCCGCGGUACUGAGCCGCCGUCAGGCAGCUUUGGUGUGGCGGGGGACCGCAUGGAUCGGCUGGAUUUCCUAUUGCGCUAUUUGCAACAUGUGAUCACACUUAUAUUGAGUGACAGCGGCACGCACGCAUGGUGUGGGGCUCCGCCGUCGCACGACUGAUAUCGAUAUUUGCCCGAGUGUUAUACCGAUGAAUGGUAGAUGCAGCAUGUCAAUAUAUGACGGAAACGCCA